UCAGCUCCAGGCGAACGAUCUCGGAACUCGGGUUACAUUUCAAACUCUUCGACAACAGAAAACUCUAAUACUAAACAAAGGAGGCGUUCGAUUUUAUUGUCACCUUGGAUUUUGUAGAACCUACACAUUCAACAGUGGUAGGUGUUUUCUAAAGCCAGUAUCUCACACGUUUUCAUAAAAUAAAAAUAAUUUUUUCGAAAUCAGUUUUGAAAGUAUUGCCAGCAAUACGGUACGGAACAAGAUGCCUAAAGUGAAGAAAGCUGUGGACGAUGAGCAGAGUAACACGAACUCUGGCACCGUAGAAGUUAAGAAGGCCACCAUGAAGGGCAAGGUGACAAUGUGGAAAAGCCGCUUUCCAUGGAUGUCGUACAAGAAGAGCGAGAUACGCGACGACUACGCUUGGUGCAAGCUCUGCAAGGUGUCUGUCUACCUGGCCAAUUCUAAGUGUGCCAAGGAGCACCAGCGCACCGCACAGCACAUUCACUUGGGCAAGCGCAAUGGCGGUCAGUCUCAGGCCGCCGCUGCUUUGGCUAGUGACGAAGACAAACAGAAGACUGAUAUGGCGGAGCUGGUGGCCAAAUAUAAAUGGCUGGAGCCCGAUUCCAAUGAUGAGAAUCUCUUCCACUGCCGCGUAUGCAAUACGCGGAUAUCGAUCAAGGAGUGCUUCCUGCGUCAGCACGAUUCCUCGCGCAAGCAUGCCGAAGGACAGGAGCGGCAGGAGUCUGGCUCGAACAAGAAUACCGAUGCCGACGUGAGUGUGAGCACGGCAGAGCCGCCGGGAAAGCGAUCCCGCCGCUCAAUGGAGGUCCGCCGCAUCGUUCACGAUGCCCUGCGCGACUCUGUGGGCAAGCGUUACGAGGAGCGUAGCCAGCUGGACUUGGCCAAUGAGAUGAUCAGCACCUCUUUUGAUAUUGUUACGCGACUGCGAACACUGCAGCAGAAAGGGGCCAUGGGACAAUGCAAUUGCAUGGCGCAGGCACCGGAACCGUUGAAAGUGACCCCGGCGAAUACACAGCCAUCGGAGCCCCGGCAUGCAAUUGAUAUAUUUUUUGAAAGCAUUGCGCCCACCAUGAAAUCUCUGCCAGCGGACUUGGCCGCUGAGGGCAAGGCCAAGAUCAUGCAAAUAGCGUGUGAACUGGAUGUCCGGGCCAUGCACAAGAAAAAUCCAAAACUACAAUCUUCCCCUGUACCACUCACGCCAGUUGCUGAACCUUCUGCUACAGUUCAAGGCGCCGCUGGUGACGUCGACUUCAAUUCCAAUAUCAUCUCAAUUAACGAAGAUGACCAGAUCAUGGAGAACAAUAACAAUGACUUGGAAUCAUCUCUUAACGCAAAUCCAAGUUACCUUGCGGAGAGUAAUCGUCGUGUUUGGGCGACAACCCAAUUCCAGUCAACGGAGUAUUUCUACGACCCCGUGGAUAAAAAUUAGCCUCAUUGGAGGCACAAUGUCACUACUCUCCCCAUGAAUCGACAAAAACAAAAAAAUAAAAGAGGACAGCAUCCAUGCAGUAACAUCAUGCAUCAUUCAAAUGAAGCGGGGUGCUUCCACAAGCAGAACCAGAAGAAGGAUUUUACAAUAAAUGCUUGUUAGCACGAUACUAUAACAAAUAUAUAUA